GCGGAAGGCACAGUCAUGCCCCGCUAUUACGAGGACAAGCUGGAGGGCGGCGCGUGCGCGGGCUUGAAGGAGGACCUCGGCGCGUGCCUGCUGCAGUCGGACUGCGUGCUCCAGGAAGGAAAAUCCCCUCGGCAGUGUCUGAAGGAAGGAAACUGCAAAGCUUUGAAAUACUCAUUUUUUGAGUGUAAAAGAUCAGUGUUGGAUGCCAGAUCAAGAUUCAGGGGAAGAAAAGGAUAUUGAUACUACUAUGUUGAAACCAAGAUGAAAACAACAAAGGAUUUUCUCUGUCAUUAAAAGAGAGAAGCCAAAAUAAGAAACAUACUUUUUGUUACAUCUGUUCGGUUGGAGCAGUUUCUUCCUCCAUGGAACACUGAAGAAAAUGGAUGAGUAUGUAUAAAGUAAAUGCUUCUCUUGCUCUAAGUUAUUUUUAGAAGAAAAAUUUCAUUGAAUAGUUAUGAGCUAAGAACAUACUAGAUGUGUUUUAAGAAUUGUUCUGAAGCACAGAGAAUGGAAAGAUUGUUACUUUCAAACUUGACUUCUCAACCAAAUGACACAGUUUGUACAUCCUUCGUGAAUAUUGUGAAGGCCACUAACAGGACUGUUAAAAUCAACAUGGUGCCUGGUGAGAAAAUGUCUAUCUUGAAAGUGUAGGAUAAAACUUUCUUUUAUUCAGUCUUUACCAUUUAGUUCUAAAAUAAAUUGUGUUUGAUUCCUUGG